CGUUUAUCAAGCAAGAGUGGGGUGUUUAUUUCAACUAGAAGAAAGAAAAACAAAGGGGAAAGUUUGCAGAAAUGGAGAAGCAAGGAAAAAUUUAAACUCCAAGAAAGGGACAGCACCGAGACUUGCUUCUCUGGUAUUUUACGAAAGUCACCAGAAAAGUAUCAGCAGUCAACUAAUUUUUCUGAAAAAACACCUGAACAACAGAAAGUUCUAGCAGCAUCGUGUUCCACUAAUAAGUGUCAGUCGGAACAGCAACAAGUUACCCCAGAUGGUAGCAAUGUGGAUACUGAAGCGUCGUUUGUAAUAUCUGGAAGAAGGAUAACUGACAUUGAUUAUUUUUUUAACAGACUAAAAGUUUUGUGUAAUCAUGGACCACUAGGAUGUGGCAUACAAAACUUAGUUAUCACAAAUGAAGCAAGAAGAGGUCUCAAUUCAAUUUUCAGUGUGAAAUGUAACAUGUGCAACUUUCAAGAUACUCUACACACAGAAAACCCAAAAAGUGAUUCUAUGGACAUAAAUACAGCUGCUGUAACGGGAUCAGUCUGUAUUGGCAUUGGACACAGGCAGUUGGAAGAACUCACUGCUGCCAUGGAUAUACCAACAAUGUCCGCAAACACGUAUGCUAAAUAUCAUGACAAAGUAAGUGAUGGCUGGGAAAAAACUGCAAUAAAAGAAAUGGGAAUUGCAGUUCAACGAGAAGCACAGUUAGCUGUGGAACGAGGCGAUGUCGACGAAGAUGGAUUCCCAGUUUUGACAGUCAUUGCCGAUGGUCAGUGGUCUAAAAGGUCAUACAAAAACAGCAAUUAUAGUUCGCUCUCAGGAGUUGCUGCCAUCAUCGGAUUUUACACACGAAAAGUUUUGUUUAUCAGUGUGCGAAACAAAUAUUGUACAAUGUGCGCUCGAGCAGCAGCUAUGGGCGUAGAAGUUAAAGAACACAUUUGUUACAAAAAUUGGUCAGGAAGCUCCAGCAGUAUGGAAGCAGAUAUUAUAUUGGAGGGUUUUAAAGCAAGUGUGGAAAUGUAUGGAGUGAAAUAUGGGACGCUUAUUGCAGAUGGUGACUGCAGUGUUUAUAAUAGCAUUGUGACUGCAAGACCUUAUGGAAAUUUGACUGUUAACAAAAUAGAGUGUCGCAACCAUAUUUUAAGAAAUUACUGUAACAAACUAAAAGACAUCACAACAAACAGUUCUUUGAAAAACAUAUCUCUGAGAAAAGCACUGGGGUCAAAUAUUUUAAGAAUGAGAGGUGCCGUGAAAGGAGCUGUACGUCAUUGGCAGAAUGAAAAUGUCAGUGAAUACGAAAAAAUAGUAGGCCUGCGAAAAGACCUCAAAAACGGACCCAAGCAUGUAUUUGGUGAACAUUCCGAGUGCUCAGAAUAUUUUUGUAAUGGAGCCAAGAAUAAUGAAAUCAAUUUUGUUCCACUUUUAGAAGAAAGCGGAAUUUUGCAUACCAUAGAAGAUGUUGUAAGUCACUGUAUACUGCGAAAUGCACGAAGUCUCUUGAAAGAUGUGGACAGCAAUUCUGUUGAACAAUUUAACUCGAUUGUUGCAAAAUUCAUCGGCGGCAAACGUGUGAAUUUUUGCCUGAAGAGAGCUUACUCUGCAAGAAAUUACGCUGCAGUCGUAUCUUACAACACAAAUACUCCUAUCUACAAACUUCACAAAACAAUGUAUGAAAGAAGCCCUGGAAAGUACGUGAAAAGACUUGAAAACAAAAGGAAAGCAGUAUUGGAAAUACCCCGAAAUAAUGCAAAGAAAAGAAAGACAAUUAGCUUAAAAGUUAUUUCUUCACAAGAUAAGCAUUACGGACCAUGUGCGCAGAAGCCUGACUUGACAGUUGACGACUACGAAGAGGCAAAGUCAAUGUUUCUAAAGAAUCUACCUGCAACUGCAGAGCAACGUGAAGAGUUGGAAAGAGGUACUCUACUACAAAGAGACAGUGGGCGAUGGAAAGAAGUGCGUCGGAAAUUGCUUACAGCUUCUAAUUUUGGAUCAGUUUGCAGACGACUUCCUUAUACACCAUGCGACAAACUUGUUGUCAGUAUGUUGUAUGGAAAUUUCGACACCGAUGCCAUGUUGUGGGGAAGAGAAAAUGAAAUGAACGCCAUUCAAGAAGUUGAGAAAAUACUUUCAGUCAAAAUCAAACCAUGUGGACUAUUUGUAGACCCAGAACAUUCAUUUUUAGGUGCAACCCCGGAUGGAACUGUUGACUCUGAUGGCCUUGUUGAAGUUAAGUGUCCAUCGUCAGCAAAAGAAAUUUCUCCUGACGAUGCUAUACUAUCUAGAAAAUUCACAUUCUGGAAUGUAAAGGAUAAAACACAUGUUGAUGUUAUCAACAAGAAGCAUGCUUAUUACUAUCAAGUUCAGGGUCAGCUUCAUGUUACCAGGAAAUUGUACUGUAUUUUUUGUCUGUGGACUCCAUUGGGCUCAAAAAUAGAAAAAAUUUAUCGAGACGAUAAUUUCUGGAAUUUUCAGAUGAAAGAAAAACUUAUGUCUUUUUAUAUGGAUUGUAUGCUUCCAGAAUUAGUAGACCCCAGGCAUACCCGCUCGAUGCCCAUUAGGAACCCAAUUUACAUCCUUCAAGCUAUUAAAGAAAAAGAGGAGAAAAGGAAAACUUCUUGCGCAGAAAAGCAGACCAAGAAAUCUGUACGAAGGAUGUUAUGAAUUAGGCUACGCCACAGUUUGAUUUUUUGUGGUGAUAUAAAAUAAAUUUUCUUGCUAGGGAAUGUUCAUUUUGAAUUGAGCAUUUUUAAAUGUCAGCGUAGAAUAUGCUUAUCUGCCCAUUUUGUUUCUUCCAUAAUAAUGAGUAAAGUUAACAUUGUCAUAGACAUUUUAUUAUAUUCGUUUGCCGUCCAAGUACAAACGUCACACUAUAUCGCACGUAAUUAUAUAUUUUACUAAUUUGUUAGUUGCGAUUUUAUUUAAGUUACAAAUAACAGUAAUAAAAAUUAUUACUUAAUAGUCCAGAAUAGAGAUUGAGUUAUUAUUCAUUUAAUAGGGGUUUAAAAUAUGGUACUACAUACCUACAUACUUAUAUUAUCUUGUUGUCUUCUUUGUAACUUUACUGGAAUAAUGGCAUUUGGUAUGUAUGUUAACUCACAAUGAAAAUAAUUCAGAAGUACUCAAUUAACAGUGAACAACCUAGGCCCUAUACUAAUUUCAUUAUUUUGAUGGAAAUAUAAUUGAAAUUACUAAUAAUGAACUGUAUGUGUUUCACGUAGAGAUAUCCUACGAACUGUAUGUGGUACAGACCAACAUUUGCUAAGACUCUGUAAAUAAUUAAUUUCAGUUAAUGUGUAGAGAAUAUUAAAAGUUAGAAAUAAUGAUAUAGGUAUAUAAAACAAUGCAAAGUUAUUAGCAUAAAAAUAGAAGUAAUUUUUACGUAGCACCUACUGGAAUGAGUAUUUUGUGUUGAAUUAUGUGGCAUGAUUAAUAUUCUAUUAUGGUAUGUGUGUUUUGUUAAAAUCUUAUAAAACAUAACUUACUGUUGAAUGAUUUUCAUUUUUUGUGAUGAUCUUACUUAAACAAGUUUUAAUUAUAUUACACAUGUAUAUUUUAAAAGUAUUUUAAUGUAUACUUAUAGAAUUGUAAUAGGCUUUAUACGGACUCUCACGAUGCAUGUGAGCAUCUAUAAUUAUCUACAUCACCAUUAUGGCCGUUUCACAAUAUCAAAUAUUUAUUGAAUUCAAUCAGUUGCAUUCAUUGUGCAUGAUUUUCGAUAUGUACAUUGAAUUCAAUACAAAUGGAAGAUGUUACUCAACUAAGCUUAUUCUUAUUAACUUAUAAGUAGUUUGUUUGUUCAGUACAUAAAAGUAAAAGAAUCUUUAUUAUUUAAAUAAUGAGCAUCUAUAAGCAAUAACGUUUUCUAAAUAAACAUAAUGGAAUAUAUUUUUUCAAUACUUUAUAUCUACGAUCACAUCAA